AUGGCGGAGUGCCCCUCGCGCAUCCAAGAAAACACGGAGAGACACCGGCCACAGCGUGCUCAAGACAGCGGCGACCGCUAUCGAUCACAACGUGCAAACGUCGCUCAAGAAGAAGACUCGGGCGACUACCUCUUUUCGAUCGGUGAAACGACAUCUGCGAAAUCGAGCGACAUCUGGCUGGUCGACUCCGGGGCGACGCAGCACAUGACGUGCUCCAAGAAGUUCAUGCGGAACUACAAGGGGUUUGACGCUGUGGAUGUCCAUCUCGCGGAUGAUGGAAUCGUCCAAGCAAUCGGCAGUGGGGACAUUGUCAUGUCGAUGAAGACACCCCAAGGGAUGAAGAAAGGUGUGCUCACAAACGUGUGGCACAUCCCAAAGUUAUCCAGAAACCUGUUCUCGGUCGGCCGCUUCACCAAGGAUGUCGGCCCAGUGACGUUCACGAAGGAUGGGUGCUAUGGAGAAGCGAAAGGGACCAAGUGGAAAAUUGGUGCCCGUGAAGGUAAAGGACUGUUCAGGCUGCAAAUGACUCCAGUGGCGCCGGAACAAGCAAAUGCAGCCAAGUCGUCGGGAUGUCAAGGGGGCACCAAGUCGUACCUCUGGCACCUUCGGCUUGGCCACAUAGGUCACGAUGGACUCAAUUGCAUCGUGACGAAGAACAUUGGAAUUGGCAUCGACAUAUCUUCGGUGAAGAAGUGGGACGUGUGUGAAGGUUGUGCUCUGGGAAAACAGACUCGAGUGCGCUUCCAAUCAAACACUACAGCUCGCACCUCCAAACUCCUCGAAGUGAUUCACAGCGACGUAUGCGGACCGAUGUCGAUGGCAACUUUCAGUGGAAAACGGUACUUCGUGACAUUCAUUGAUGACAAGUCAAGAUACUGUGUCGUCUAUCUGCUCAAGAGCAAAUCUGAAGUUGCGGCGAAGUUCAUGGAAUACGCUGCGAUGGCCGAAACGCAAACCGGAAAGCGCGUGAAGUACCUUCAAAGCGACAAUGGGGGUGAAUACAAGUCCGACAAGCUGGCACGAUUCUGCGCGGAACGGGGAAUACAACAAAGGUUCACCCCCCCCAUAUACUCCUCAGCUAAACGGAGUAGCUGA